AUGUCACUUUACAAAUUGCUAAGUCCCAAAGCUUUUGUUGAACUAUUGCAGAAGGAAACAGUCCGUCGAGUUAUACCAGUCGACUCAACAUGGUACUUGCCAAACUUGAAAAGGGACGGUAAAAAAGAAUAUUUGGAGGUUGAACGUAUUCCGAAUGCUGUAUAUUUCGAUAUAGAUCGGAUUAAAGAUACAAAUUCUCCCUACCCUCAUAUGGCACCAACCAUAGAACAAUUUAACAAAGGAAUGAGCGAGCUGGGCAUUACCAAAGACGACGUUUUAGUUGUUUAUGAUAGAAUAGGAACUUUCAGCGCACCAAGGUGUGCAUGGACGUUAUCAAUGUUCGGCCAUAAUCCAGUGUUUUUGCUGAACAACUUCAAUCUAUACAAGAAAGCUGGGUACCCUUUAGAUACUGCAAAGAAGACUACCUACUCGGGUUAUGAAACUACGAGUUAUAAAGCGCAUAUCAAUUUAUGUUCAGAGAACGUUGUAAGCUAUGAGACAAUAUUGGACCUAGUUCAAAAGGGUAACUUGAAGAAGAAAUACAACGUUUAUGAUGCUAGAUCCCUGGGAAGAUUUGAAGGUAGGGAACCAGAGCCAAGGCCAAAUUUCCCAUCAGGUCACAUUUCCGGCACUCAGCCAUUGCCAUUCACUGAACUGCUGGUAGAAAGCAAUGCCCUUCCGGAAUCUCCUGAAGCAACAAAAAAGAAAAUUGAACAGGUUUAUAAAAACCUGGACGAUACUUUUGACCCAACUAAACCUACUAUUGUGAUGUGUGGAACGGGUGUAAGUGCCUGUAUAGUAAAGACUGCUCUUGAAUAUGCCGGUAUCACAGAUGUUAAGCUUUACGAUGGCUCUUGGACCGAAUGGGUGCUUAGAUCACCCCCAGAUCUUUUAGCAAACAAUAGAGACUAG